ACGUUGGUUGAGUUGAAAUUUUUUUCAAACUACGAAUAUGAGGAUGGAUUUAUCAAAUCUUUCAACUCUGGAAACCCAACCACGUCUGAUUUAACACCCGUCAACAAGAGUGGAUCGAAUCGGCGUCCAAGACGGUCUUUUGCAUCUCUAGAAAGCAGGGGAAACAGUCAGGUUAAUAGGUAGUUGGAAGUGGGAAGAAUGAAGGAGGAUGAGAGCAUCGAGUCUCGCAUACAGCAAGCUAUGCGCUCCCGCGUUCAACAUUUCAGAGACCAAGCCGAUUCUUUAACUUUUGAGGGAGUUCGAAGAUUACUAGAGAAAGACCUGGUUUUGGAUACAUAUGCGUUGGAUGUACACAAGAGAUAUGUCAAACAAUUGUUGGAGAAGUACUUGAGUGAGACAGAAGAUGAAGAGAAUGUUUCCAAGGGUUCCGAACAAAUCAAGUUAGAACAGGAUAAAGAAGAGGAAGAGAAGCUGAAAGAGCAUAAGGUAACAGACAUUCGCCCUGAAGAUGAAGGCAAAAUUGAAGACUCGCCUGUAAUGGGCCUUUUAUCAGGAAAUGAAUCAGCCAAAUCUGGAUCGGAAACUCAGGCCAAUGCAAAGGACAAUAUACCUACUGUGGACUUGAUAAAGGAGGCACUUUGGAAGAAGGCAACUUAUUUUAAAUCUAAAUCUGAGGAACUUACUGUGGCUGGUGUCCGCCGGCUUUUAGAGGAUGACCUUGAACUCAAAAAAUAUUCUCUUGAUUCCUUUAAGAAACUAAUAAGUAAGCAAUUAGAUGAGGUCUUAAACUCACAAAAUGACACACCAGAUAAGACGGACUCCAGAUCGGAUGCUGAUUCUUCACACAGUGAAAGUCUUGAUAUAGAAGUUAAAGUAAAACCAAAAAAGAAAUUGGCUCCAAAAGGAAAAGUUCAAAUAUCUGAAAAGCCCAAGAAACGUAAAAGACCUGCUAAAGAAACUGAGCGGGCAAGGAAAAAACAGACUAAGCAUGCUGAAGAAACAUCUAAUGAGAAGAACAAUGUGCAAGAUGUUGACGAUGAAUCUAACGCUGAAAAAUCUGAGUCCUCUGCUGAAAAAUCUGUGAAAAAGGACAUGGUAGCUCCAGUAUAUGGAAAGAAAGUGGAACGUCUCAAAUCAAUUAUUAAGUCUUGCGGGAUGAGCGUUGCUCCUACCGUGUAUAAGAAAGCUAAGCAAGUUCCUGAGGACAAACGUGAGGCAUUCUUAGUAAAGGAACUGCAAGAGGUUCUCUCAAGAGAAGGGUUAUCCACAAAACCUACUGAAAAAGAGAUCAAAGAAGUGAAACGGAGAAAGGAAAGAGCAAAGGAGCUGGAAGGCAUCGACACAAGCAACAUCGUUCUUGGUUCACGCAGAAGGUCCACUUCCACUUUCAUCCCCCCACCAAAACCUAAAGAACCUAUUGAGCCUGGUGCUGAUGAUUCAGAAGACAGUGAUAAUGAUGAUGAUGAUGAUUCAGAAGACAGUGAUAAUGAUGAUGGUGAUGAUUCAGAAGACAACAAUAAGGAUGAUGGUGAUGAUCAAGAUGAGGGUGAUAAUGUCCAUGCCAAUCAGAGUGAAGAGAUCCGUGAAGAUGCCGGCGACAGUGACUAGUUCUAUGUUCUUGGGAUGGGCCGCUCUCUUAAACAAGUAAAGAUUAAGAGUAUUGUAAUAUGCAGACAACUGUCAGGUUUCUUUUCUUUAGUGAUACUUAUUUAGUUUUCUAGCUAUUGAUUUAGUUCUAAAGGAAAAAGUGGACUUAAAUAGUUGGGGACAUUAUUUAUGUUAUGUAGUCUAAAAUCUAGUAGCCUAAUUUAUUGGUUUUGCUUUC